AUGGCGAAAGCUGCAGCGAAAGAUUGGAAUAUGAAGUACGAUUUUUGCGUCGAGCCUCUUGAAUCGAAUCCUCAUAGCAAAAGUGCAACAAGUAUCAAAGGAUUGGUCAUAGCAUCAACGAAGAAUGCUGCAUUCAACACGAUUAACGUGGAAAGAAUCGCUAAAACGAUCCUCAAUGAAAGGAAAACUUCUCAUGGUAAUAAGGCAGCAUUACGUGAUUGCAUCGGGCCUUAUAAAGAUGCAAAUAGUUCUUUAAACAAUGCUUUAAUGAACGUUAAAUCACAGGAUUACAGAAGAGCUAAUGAGUAUCUGAUUUCAGCUUUUGAUGCACCGAGAAUUUGUGAAGAUAUAUUCACAAAAAUCAAGAAAGCAAAAACUCCGAUUAGAGAUGAGAACAUUAUUAUUUAA